GACAUAUUCACGCCCGGAGAGAGAUAGAGAGAAGAGAAAGAGAAAUUCCCUUUGAUCUUCUUCGGAGUUCUUCUCUCACGUGAACCUUCGAAAGAGAGGAAGAAGGAGAUGGGAAUGGCGAGGGAUAUGGCGGCGGUUGCUCUUCUGUUGAUGCUUUCUGCGAUCGUCGGCGCUGGUUCUGCGGCCGAAGAAGCUUUUGAUGUGCGGAAACAUCUCUCUACUGUGACCAGGUAUGGUGCGGGGAAAGAUGUCGCGAACAACGCCUACGUGCCGUCGAGCGUACCCGAUGGAUGUACUCCUAUUCACUUAAAUCUUGUGGCUAGGCAUGGAACUCGCUCUCCAACAAAGAAACGGAUGAGAGAGUUGGAAAAUUUGGCUUCUCACAUACAGGAACUCGUAAAAGAUGCUGAAGAAAAGAAUUUAGCGCAGAUUGUUCCUGCUUGGUUGCGGGGAUGGACAUCUCCUUGGAAAGGGAAAGUGAAAGGUGGAGAGUUAAUUAGCAAAGGAGAAGAUGAGUUGUAUGAUCUUGGAAUCAGGAUCCGUGAAAGAUUUCCUGAAUUGUUUAGUCAAGACUACCACCCUGAUAUGUAUACGCUGAAAGCAACACAGGUCCCUAGGGCAGCAGCAAGUGCUGUGGCCUUUGGAAUGGGGCUAUUUAGUGGAAAGGGAACUCUUGGACCGGGGAAGCAUCGGGCUUUUGCUGUCACCAGUGAAAGCCGUGCAAGUGAUAUAUUGCUCAGAUUUCAUGAUUGUUGUGAAAAUUACAAGAAUUUUAGAAAAAAGCAGGAGCCUGCUGUUGAUAAGCUUAAGGAACCCAUUUUGGACGAAAUUACUGGGGCCAUAGCAAGUCGCUAUAAGUUGAAUUUUACAAGGCAGGAUACAUCUUCUCUCUGGUUUCUCUGCAAACAGGAGGCAUCAUUGUUGGAUAUAACUAAUCAAGCAUGUGCUCUUUUCAACCCUGAUGAGAUGGCUUUGCUGGAGUGGACCGAUGACUUGGAGGUGUUUAUACUGAAAGGAUAUGGUAAAGCACUGAACUACAGAAUGGGCGUACCGUUGCUGAAAGAUGUUGUUCAAUCCAUGGAGGAAGCUAUUCAGGCGAAUGAAGAAAAGCAUCCUCCAGGAAGUUAUGAGAAAGCUAGACUUCGAUUUGCGCAUGCCGAAACUGUGGUUCCUUUUUCCUGUCUCCUAGGCCUUUUCCUUGAAGGAUCUGAGUUUCAGCAAAUCCAGAGAGAGCAACCCUUGCCGCUCCCUCCAAAACCUCCUCAUAACAGAAAUUGGAUGGGGAGCAUUGUGGCACCUUUCAGUGGGAAUAAUAUGCUGGUACUUUAUAGCUGUCCUGCUAAUCUCUCAAACAAGUACUACGUGCAAGUAUUACACAAUGAACAUCCCACUCCCAUGCCGGGUUGUGGUGGUGCUGAUUCUUGUCCGUUUGAAGUUUUCAAGGAAAAGAUCGCAGCUCCCCAUUUGAAGCAUGAUUAUGAUGCAUUAUGUAAUGUGAAGGCCGAUCAGGUGGAGCUGAGUUCUGGGAAUAGUAAGUUGUCAGCGUUGUACCAUUGGCUUUUUCCGUCGGGAAUCAAUGAGCCAGGUUCCCACGGAAAUGAGUUGUAGUUUCGCUUUUUCCAACGUGGUGAUGGAAGUUCUUUCUUUUUAGCUGCUGACACUCCCUUCAGUUUAAUUUCCAGGUUAGGAGGCACCUUCCAAACUGUGCAUUUAACCAUAGCCCAUAGUGCCUCUUUCAACAAGCUGAAGAGUACUUGAGUCAUGAUUUACUCAUUUGUAAAUCGGACGCCGGUGCUUUCUCGCCGUGCGUGAUGAUUCAAGUAAUUUCGACUAUUAUCUAACUCCUUUUUUCUUUUCCAAAUUCGGUCAUCUCUGAUAGUGUGACUGUAUCUAUUGAGAAGUUCUUAAAGAACUUGAUAUGUUCAGGUUUGGACAAUUUCAUGAGCUGUAAGAGGUUUCUAUCCGGCUGCUUAGCAGACUUGUUUAGAUAAAUUUCUGUUCUUUCUUCUUUUCUUUGAUCUGCUGAUCCUGCAGUAACUAAUGUAUAUCGAGUUUCUAUUAAUCAAGCAUGCAAAGAAACUAAUCUGUGUAAGGACAGAACAUAUUCAUACAAA